AUGGGCCUGAUCGCGGAGGAACCACACAAGCAAGAGAUCGAUACAACAGAGGUUCCGGAAGAGUACACUCCGUACAAGCCCGACAAGGGCUAUGGAUGGGGCGAGGCUCUGCCUGAGAAGCAGGGUCUCUAUGACCCUAGCCUCGAGAAGGAUGCCUGUGGUGUAGGCUUUGCUGCCAAUAUCAAAGGCAAGCCAAGCCACAAGAUCGUUAGCGAUGCGCGCAAUCUACUUUGUAACAUGACCCAUCGUGGUGCGGUGGGAUCAGAUGCACGAGAUGGCGACGGUGCUGGUGUCAUGAGCUCGAUCCCGCACAAAUUCUUCGUCAAGAACUUCGCUCGUGAGGUGGGCGUUGAAUUGCCACCUCUUGGUCAAUAUGCCACCGGCAACCUCUUCUUCAAGCCAGACACUGAGAUGCUGAAACACGCCACCCUCAGUUUCGAAGAGAUCGCUCAAUCCCUGGGCCUGCGUACCCUCGGAUGGCGAGAGGUUCCAAGAGAUUCCACACUCCUUGGUCCAGCAGCCCUGUCCCGCGAACCUAUCAUCCUGCAGCCAUUCGUCGUUCUCGCCUCCGCAUACGGAAGUGGUAGCAAGCCAGAUAUCACUAACCAAGAGGAAUUUGACGAUGUCGCCUUCGAAAAGAAGCUGUAUGUCUUGAGAAAGACUGUCUCCCACGAUGCACGAUGGAAGCCAUGGUUCUACGUCUGCUCGCUGAGCAACAGAAAUAUUGUCUACAAGGGACAAUUGGCUCCCGUGCAAGUAUACCAAUACUUCCACGAUCUUGUCUCUGUCGACUACGAAGCCCAUUUCGCCCUUGUUCACUCUCGUUUCUCCACAAACACAUUCCCAUCGUGGGAUCGAUCACAGCCUCUACGAUGGCUUGCCCACAACGGUGAAAUUAAUACAUUGCGAGGCAACAAGAACUGGAUGAGAGCUCGUGAAGGUAUUUUGAGCUCCGGUCUCUUUGGUGACGAGCUCGAGAAACUUAUGCCCAUCGUGGAAGACGGAGGUUCCGACUCGGCUGCGUUCGAUAACGUCCUGGAACUCCUCGUGAUGAAUCGUGUGCUGUCAAUGCCCGAGGCAGUCAUGAUGAUGGUCCCAGAAGCGUGGCAAGGUAACUCUGCUAUGGAUCCCGGGAAGGCCGCUUUCUAUGAGUACGCGGCGUGUCUUAUGGAACCAUGGGAUGGUCCUGCCCUCUUCACCUUCUCAGAUGGCCGGUACUGUGGUGCAAACUUGGACAGAAAUGGUCUAAGACCGUGCCGUUACUAUGUCACUGAUGAUGAUCGAAUCAUCUGUGCUUCCGAAGUUGGUACCAUUGCUGUGGAGCCUGAGCGUGUGAUCCUCAAGGGACGUCUUCAACCCGGAAAGAUGCUUCUGGUUGAUACACAAGCCGGUCGCAUCAUUGAUGACGCAGAGCUCAAAGCUACCGUCGCAAACCGACAACCUUUCCAGCAGUGGCUCGAUAAGAAGCUGAUGAAGAUGCCGCGCGUAGUGGAGGCACUAUCAAACGAGGUCGAUCUGACCAACAAAUUGACCGAGGCCACCAUUCAAGAAGAUGCGAGACUAAAGGCAUUUGGAUACUCAUUCGAACAAGUCAGCUUGCUCCUGGCGCCCAUGGCUGCUGAUUCAAAGGAAGCACUUGGUUCGAUGGGAAAUGAUGCACCUCUCGCAUGUCUCGCACAACAACCACGACUGCUCUAUGAGUAUUUCAGACAGCUAUUUGCUCAGGUCACCAAUCCACCUAUUGACCCUAUUCGAGAAGCCAUCGUUAUGUCUCUCGAAUGCUAUGUUGGACCUCAGGGUAACCUGCUGGAGAUGGACGAGUCGCAGUGUGCUAGACUACUGCUUCCGUCGCCUGUCCUGGAGACCGAGACAUUCAAUGCUCUCAAGAACUUUUCUCAGUAUAACAAGGACUGGACUGUGCGGACCAUCGAUAUCACGUUUGACAAGUCCUCCGGUAUUGAUGGCUUCAUGAAUGCCCUUGAUGAGAUUUGUGAUCAAGCUACCGCUGCUAUCGACGAGGGUGACAAGAUCAUUAUCUUGUCUGACCGAGCUACAUCCGAAGACCGCGUGCCUGUUCCUUCCCUUCUCGCUACCGGCUUGGUACACCAUCAUUUGGUGCGCAACAAGUGGCGAUCACGAGUUGCGCUGAUUGUGGAAACCGCUGAGGCCCGAGAAGUGCACCACAUGUGUGUGCUGGUUGGCUACGGUGCCGAUGGCAUUAAUCCAUACCUUGCCAUCGAGUGUAUCCUCAAGCUUAACCGAGAAGGUAUCAUCAAGAAGAAGCUCACUGAGCAACAACUCAUUGCCAACUACAAGGCUUCCUGCGACGGUGGUAUCCUGAAAGUCAUGAGUAAGAUGGGUAUCUCCACCUUGCAAUCGUACAAGGGUGCUCAGAUCUUCGAAGCUCUCGGCAUCGAUGAUACCGUGGUUGACCGAUGCUUUGCUGGUACUGCCACUCGUGUUCGCGGUAUGACUUUCGAGCUCAUAGCCGAGGAUUCUUUUGCUUUCCACGAGCAAGGAUAUCCUUCUCGACAUGUCCGAGACGUGCCUGGUCUGCCCGAAACUGGAGAGUACCACUGGCGUGACGGUGGUGAGCAUCACAUCAAUGAUCCCGUGAGCAUUGCCAACAUCCAGGAUGCUGUCCGCACACACAACGACAAGUCCUACGAAGCUUACUCUCUGUCGGAGUAUGAGCAAAUCAAGAACUGCACGUUGAGAGGCAUGCUUGACUUUGAUUUCGAGCAACGCGCGCCAGUGCCCAUUGACCAGGUAGAGCCCUGGACGGAAAUCGUGCGACGAUUCGUGACAGGAGCUAUGUCAUACGGAUCCAUCUCCAUGGAAGCCCACUCAACAUUGGCUGUUGCGAUGAAUCGGCUGGGCGGCAAGUCCAACACUGGUGAAGGUGGUGAGGACCCUGAACGAAGCUUGAAGAUGGAAAAUGGCGACUCUAUGCGCUCAGCAAUCAAGCAAAUCGCCUCUGGCAGAUUUGGUGUCACAUCCAAUUACCUGGCUGACUCUGACGAGCUGCAAAUCAAGAUGGCUCAAGGUGCAAAGCCUGGCGAGGGUGGUGAACUUCCUGGUCACAAAGUGUCUCAGUCAAUUGCUCGCACCCGACACUCCACUCCUGGUGUCGGUCUGAUCUCCCCUCCUCCUCAUCACGACAUCUAUUCCAUCGAGGAUUUGAAGCAAUUGAUCUAUGACUUGAAGUGCUCCAACCCGCGGUCAAGAGUCUCUGUCAAGCUUGUCUCGGAAGUGGGUGUGGGUAUUGUAGCCUCUGGUGUUGCCAAGGCCAAGGCUGACCAUAUCUUGAUCUCUGGUCAUGAUGGCGGUACUGGUGCAUCCCGAUGGACCGGUAUCAAGUACGCUGGUCUCCCUUGGGAGUUGGGUUUGGCCGAAACUCACCAAACCUUGGUUCUCAAUGAUCUUCGUGGUCGUGUCAUUGUGCAGACUGAUGGCCAGAUCCGAACUGGACGUGAUGUUGCCAUUGCUUGUCUCCUUGGUGCUGAAGAGUGGGGCUUUGCCACGACACCACUUAUCGCCAUGGGCUGUAUCAUGAUGCGCAAGUGUCAUCUCAACACCUGCCCCGUCGGUAUUGCAACCCAGGAUCCACUCCUCAGAAAGAAGUUCCAGGGCACACCGGAGCACGUUAUCAACUUCUUCUACUAUAUCGCCAACGAACUCCGAGCAGUCAUGGCGAAACUCGGCAUGAGAACUGUCAAUGAGAUGGUUGGCCGUGCCGAACUCCUCAAGGUUCGUGAUGAUUUGCGCUCCCGCAAGACCGAGAACCUCGAUCUCUCUCUCAUCCUGACACCUGCACACUCUAUCCGCCCGGGUGUUGCCACCUACAAUGUCCGGAAGCAAGAUCACAAACUACACACCCGCUUGGACAAUAAGCUAAUAUCGGAGUCUGAGCUUGCGUUGGAGAAGGGUCUGCCAUGUAGAAUUGAGACAGACAUUGUCAACACCGACCGUGCGUUGGGCGCUACUCUAUCUUACCAGAUCAGCAAGCGCUACGGUGAGACUGGUCUCCCUCAAGACACCAUCCACGUCAAUAUUCGAGGGUCUGCAGGCCAAUCGUUUGGUGCAUUCCUUGCUCCUGGUGUCACUCUUGAGCUUGAAGGUGACUCCAACGACUAUGUCGGCAAAGGUCUCUCUGGUGGUCGCUUGAUCGUCUACCCACCACGGAGCGCCGUCUACAAGGCUGAAGAAAACAUUCUGAUCGGCAACGUUUGUCUGUACGGUGCCACGAGCGGCACCUGCUACUUCAGAGGUGUUGCUGCAGAACGUUUCGCUGUCCGGAACUCUGGCGCCAAUGCCGUCGUUGAAGGCGUUGGUGACCACGGUUGUGAGUAUAUGACCGGCGGUCGUAUCGUGAUCCUCGGUGGCACUGGACGCAACUUCGCGGCUGGUAUGUCGGGCGGUAUCGCAUACGUGCUCGACAUGAACCAAGACUUCCAUUCCAAGAUCAACAUGGAAAUGGUUGAAGUCUCCGGCAUCGAAGAACCGGCAGAGAUUGCCUUCCUGAGAGGAAUGAUUGAGGACCACCAUCACUAUACCGGCUCAGAGCUUGCGGCUCGCAUUCUCCUCGAAUUCAACCGCGCUCUCCCACGCUUCGUCAAAGUCCUCCCCACAGACUACAAAAGAGUCUUGGCUGAGCAGGCGCAGAAAGCCGAAGAAGCCAAGAAGGCGGAGUAUCCUUUGCCAUUGCUUCCCGGCAACGCUGUCCGAGAACUUCAUCAGGAGCAGCGCAAUGCUGUUGCUGAAAAGGAAGGCAAGCAGAAAAAGGCAGACAUGCUUGACAUUGAGGAGGGUAUCAACGGUGAUGCUGACCAAGCCAAGCAAAAGGCCGCUCUAGUCCUUGACAAGACGCGAGGCUUCAUGAAGUAUUCUCGACGAAGCGAGAAGUACCGCAAUGCGAAGACCAGAGUCAAGGACUGGGGCGAGCUUAACUCUCGUCUCAACGAGGACGAGCUCAAAUAUCAAGCAGCCCGAUGCAUGGACUGUGGUGUCCCGUUCUGCCAGUCUGAUACUGGAUGUCCGAUCUCCAACAUCAUCCCCAAAUGGAACGAGUUAGUGUUUCAAAACCAGUGGAAGGACGCGCUCAAUCGUCUACUCAUGACCAACAACUUUCCAGAAUUCACUGGUCGUGUCUGCCCUGCUCCUUGUGAGGGCGCUUGUGUCCUCGGUAUCAACGAAGAUCCUGUCGGCAUCAAGAGCAUCGAAUGCGCAAUCAUCGACAAGGGUUUCGAGAUGGGCUGGAUGGUUCCAAAUCCCCCAGAAGAACGCACUGGUAAGAAGGUUGCUGUCAUCGGAUCAGGCCCAGCUGGUCUUGCGGCUGCCGAUCAACUCAACAAGGUUGGACAUUCCGUGACUGUCUAUGAGAAAUCCGACCGUGUUGGUGGUCUCUUGAUGUACGGCAUUCCCAACAUGAAGCUGGACAAGCGUAUCGUCCAACGACGUGUGGACCUCAUGGCUGCCGAAGGCGUCGAAUUCGUCACCGGCGUCAUGGUUGGCCCUGGUGAGGAGGUGAGCUUGGAGUCUCUCCGCGAAAAGCACGAUGCUGUUGUCAUCUCUACUGGUGCACAAGUCCCUCGUGAUUUGAAGAUCCAGAACAGAGAAUCCGAAGGCAUUCACUUUGCUAUGGAAUUCCUCCACGCAAACACCAAGUCGCUUCUUGACUCCGAGCUGGGUGACGGCGCAUAUAUCACCGCCAAAGACAAGCAUGUCAUCGUCAUUGGUGGUGGUGACACUGGUAACGAUUGUAUCGGUACCUCUCUUCGUCAUGGUGCAAAAUCCAUCACCAACUUUGAGCUUCUGCCUCAGCCUCCGCCAGAGCGUGCUCGUGACAACCCAUGGCCACAAUGGCCAAGAAUCUACCGUGUCGACUAUGGCCACACCGAGGUCAAGCAACACUAUGGCAAAGAUCCUCGCGAGUACUGCGUGAUGACCAAGGACUUUGACGUCAAGGAUGGUCGUGUGGUUGGUAUCAACACUAACCGUGUUGAAUGGACCAAGUCAGCAACUGGUGCCUGGGAGAUGAAGCCCAAGGAAGGCAGUGAAGAAUAUUUCCCUGCUGACCUUGUUCUACUCUCGAUGGGUUUCUUGGGUCCCGAUGAUCGCUUGUUCAACUCCGAGGUUGAGCUCGACGCCCGCAAGAACAUCAAGACACCAAAGAACAUGUACAACACCAACCUGCCUGGUGUCUUUGCGGCUGGUGACUGCCGUCGCGGUCAGUCUUUGAUCGUGUGGGGCAUCAACGAAGGUCGACAGUGUGCCAGACAAGUCGACAGCUUCCUCAUGCACACUGGAUCCAUUCUCCCUGUCACUGGAGGCAUUGUUCGACGAGCUGCGCAUGACGCUGUGCCUCCUCCCCGUCAAUCCAAGGCCGAGAAGGAGGGUGACAUGGCCCAUUCUGCCGAAGAAUUCAAGCGGGGUCCGGAUAUCAAGGCCAGUGCUUGA